AUGGCCAAUCGACGACAGCGGCGCACAAUAGUGAUCGCCGUCUUCAUAUUCGGUUUCUUCCUCUUCAACUUUCUGCGAUCAUCGAGUCCCGACCGCCAACCGAAGCCCAAACAUGCGGACGUGCCCGUCAUCAAGAGUAGCUACGACUGGGCGAACCAUCCACACAAGUAUGCCAUAGAUCCAGAAUCGAUGCAUCGGCUGCCCGCCGAACCGACCGAAGACCUUCCCCGAGUCCAAUUCAAGCCCAGCGCGAAGCGCGGCCGCGAGAACGAUGCGACGUCCGAGUCUCGACGAGCCGCGGUACGAGAGACGUUCGUCAGGAGCUGGAACAGCUAUAAGAAAUAUGCUUGGGGGUACGACGAGCUCGCGCCCGUCUCUGCCAAGGGCAAGAACACGUUUGGAGGCUACGCCGCGACCCUCGUGGAUGCCCUCGAUACGCUGUGGAUAAUGGACCUGCAUGAGGAGUUUGGGCUGGCCUUGUCGGUCGUUGCGAAGAUGGAUUGGGAUGACACGGUGGAAACGUCCGUUAACGUCUUCGAAACCACCAUUCGCCACCUCGGUGGACUUCUGAGCGCCUACGAUCUCAGCAGCGAGCCUGUCCUCCUGGCGAAAGCAAUUGAGCUGGGAGACAUGCUGUAUGCCGCCUUCGACACCCCGAAUCGCAUGCCCCCGUUUUGGCUGGACUUCAAGCUGGCAAAGAGCGGAGGACUCGAGGCAGGAACCAACGAUCCGUCCGCGUCGCCUUGCAGUUUGUCGCUCGAGUUCACGAGGCUAUCGCAGUUGACGGGGAACCCCAAGUACUUCGACGCGAUCGAGAGGGUCAAGCUCUUCCUGGAGAGAACGCAGCACGAGACUCAGCUUCCCGGCAUGUGGCCGGCGCUCAUCAACUUCCGCGACGAAUCUGUCGUCAACCACAACGAGUUCACCCUGGGUGCGCUUGCCGAUUCACUGUACGAAUACCUCCCCAAAAUGCAUGCCUUGCUGGGUGGAACGGAUCCCGCGUACGAAAAGAUGUACCGCGAAGCCAUGAAAGUGGUCCAGCAGCAUCUCCUGUUUCGACCGAUGCUCCCCGACAGCGCGGAUGUUCUCUUCUCCGGGACGGCGUUCGCCGACAACAGUGUGCGGCGCAACCCGGAAAGCCAGCACCUGACCUGCUUUGUCGGCGGCAUGUUUGGUCUGGGUGGCAAGUUGUUCGGCAUUAAAGAACACGUCGGCUUGGCCAGGAGACUCGCGCGCGGCUGUGGCUGGGCCUACUCGUCUUUUCCCACUGGUCUAAUGCCGGAAAUCUUCGGCAUGGUCACAUGUCCGUCGCUGAACAAAUGCCCCUGGGACGAGGAACGAUGGAAGCGCGAGGGUGACGGUAACUUGAGGAAGGGGUUCUCUCAUGCUCGCGACCCUCGAUAUAUCCUUCGACCUGAGGCGAUCGAGAGUAUAUUCCUGUUGUAUAGAAUGACGGGCGACCGCGACUAUCAGGAAAUCGCGUGGACAAUGUUCCAGUCCAUCGUGAAGGCCACUGAAACGCAGUAUGCCAAUUCCGCUAUUGGCGACGUUACCAAGGAGGGUGAGACGGAGAAAUUGGAUUCAAUGGAGAGCUUCUGGCUGUCGGAGACGCUGAAGUAUUUCUAUCUCAUCUUCUCGCCCCCGGAUGUUAUCAGCCUUGACGAGUAUGUCUUGAAUACAGAGGCGCAUCCUCUCAAAAGGAAGAAGGCCGUUAAAGAAAGUAAAUCUUUCUUCUGA